AUGAAGAACAAGAAGUGUGCAACAUGCUCCUUACCCACUCUUUCCCGCAACAGAGCUAUGGAGCGGGUUCUUGAACUACUUAGAGUUCCAUGUCCGAAUGCUGGUUGCUCCAAGAUUGUCUCUUGUUCUGAAACUUUGGCCCAUGUAAAUCAUUGUCCUUUCACCCAACGUACUUGCCCCUUUAGCAGCUGUGACUUUACUUGCUCCUUCAAGGAUUUAUAUAAACACAGCGCUGCUAAACACAGCAUUGCGGCACCACGCGCUGCUAAAUUUGGCCUUUCCUUUUCCUUGAGCAUGUUUAAAUGUGGAACGCUCGUGUGUACGCAUCUCUCAACGUAUAAGAGGAUCAUUCUCAAGGAACAGACUACAGAAGGAGAAGGAGAAAUUGUGGUUGUGGAGUGGUUCGACAUGCCAGACGGUCGGAUAUUCUAUGCCUACUGUAUUGGACCAGGAGCAGACAAGUUCUCCUACCAACUGAAGCUAUCUUUAGCUUCCGGUGAUCACUUGUCGUUUAACUCAAACCUCCAAAGAGUCCGUGAAGUGAGCAAUGAACCACCAUGUUCACGCUAUAUGUUGGUUCCUUCAUGUAUGUUGCCUUACCGCAAGUGUGGUAUAUGCAUUAAGCGGGAGACUCAUUAG